UCGGUCCGGAAGAGUCGAGAAACUCGAGAUACCUUGCCGGCUGCCGCAGCCUGCCCCCGUCGUCUUUCUUCCGUGCGCCGAAACAGGGUCCACCCAAGAGCGAGAGGGGGAGAAGGCAGAAAUCUCGAGAGAGAAACGCAUCGCGAUGUCGGCGGAGACGGAGACGAGCGCCGCCGCGCCGGCGCCCGCGCCCAUGCGGUGCCAGCGCAUAGGCUGCGACGCCAUGUUCACUGACGACGACAACCCCGACGGCUCCUGCCACUACCACCCCUCCGGAGUAAGUUCGUUUGCUACACUUGUGGGAUUAUUUCUGUUUUUGAUAAACCAUAGGUUCUUUAAUAUAUUAUUUUCAGCCUAUGUUUCAUGAUGGCAUGAAAGAGUGGAGCUGUUGCAAGCAAAGAAGCCAUGAUUUUAGCUUAUUUUUGGCUAUUCCUGGAUGCGCCACAGGGAAGCAUACAACUGAGAAACCAGUCACAAAAGCUGUUUCUCUUAACUCAAAGGCAACCCCACCAAAGUUAGCUCCAAUCCAGUCUUCUAAGCAGGGUGUGGAAACCGAGGCCUGCUCCAGGUGCCGUCAGGGUUUCUUUUGCUCCGACCAUGGAUCACAGCCGAAGGCACAAAAACCAGUUGCUGUAAAUGGUACAAAUACGGAACCUGUCGAAAAAUGCUCAGUUCCACAGCCCAGGAAAAAAGUUGUUAAUAUAAAUGAGCCUAGGGUUUGUAAGAAUAAAGGAUGUGGUAAAACCUACAAGGAGAAGGAUAACCAUGAUGCUGCAUGUGAAUACCAUCCAGGUCCUGCGGUUUUCCAUGACAGGAAUAGAGGGUGGAAGUGUUGCGAUAUCCACGUCAAGGAGUUUGACGAAUUUAUGGAGAUACCUCCGUGCACAAAGGGGUGGCACAAUGCCGAUGCUGUGUGAGUUCACACCAUGACUCUUGCAUUAAGAGUUAUUUGUUGUAGUAUCUCCUCGUGCAUAAGGUUGGCAUCUUGCCGCAAUUUCUGGAGAACUGUGCUUGGAAGUGUGACCUGAUAUUCAAGAAUGGGCCUGCUUGAGUGUGCUCUGAUUAACUACCGUCGAAAUCUCAUGUGAUGUUUCAUGUAAUCUGGAAUCGGAACUUGAAACCAUAUGUGGACAUUUAGUAAUUUAACUACGCCAUGUUGAAGUUAAA